AUGGCAAAUAAUAUUAAUAAUAAUAAUCAUCGAACAAUGAUUCCAUCAUCUCAAUUACAAAUAACAAAUUCAAGUUUUAUUAAAUCUGAAAUUGAACGUUUUGAAAGUGUACAUCCAUCGAUUUAUUCAGUUUAUGAACUUAUUGAUGAAAUUAAAGAUCAACCAACUAUUCAAACACAAAUACGUGAUCAUGUUAUGAUUAUUGAAGAUUCAUUUGUGAACAGUCAAGAAUGGACAUUAAGUCGUAGUGUAUUAGAUAUUCGUAUUGGUUUAUUAGGUACAUUAAUAAGUGGUAAAUCAGCCUUAGUUCAUCGAUUUUUAACGGGUACUUAUAUGCAAGAAGAAUCACCAGAAGGUGGAAGAUUUAAAAAAGAAAUUAAUAUUGAUAAUCAAAGUUAUUUACUACUUAUACGAGAUGAAGCGAAUGCACCAGAUACACAAUUCACACAUUGGGUUGAUGCAGUUAUAUUUGUAUUUAGUUUAGAAAAUGAAGAAAGUUUUAAAACAAUCUAUCAAUAUUAUACAAAAAUGAAUCAUUAUAGAAAUAUAACUGAUAUGCCUUUUAUUCUUGUUGGAACACAAGAUGCAAUUAGUGAGAGUAAUCCACGUGUUAUACACGAAGAUCGUGCUAGAAAAUUAUCCAAUGAGCUCAAACGAUGUACUUAUUAUGAAACAUGUGCUACAUAUGGUCUCAAUGUUGAACGAGUAUUUCAUGAUGCUUGUCAAAAAAUAAUUCAACAAAGAUAUGGAUUUCCAAAUUCUGUAUUAGCAUCAAAUCGUUCAUUAACACCUCAAACAAUAUCUAAUAUAACAAUUCAUCCAUCAAAUUCUUUAUCACAACAACAAUCACCUGUAUCAAAUCAAAUUCGACUUAUAUCAAAUUCACAUAAUAUACCAGCAUCAUCCUAUAUAGCUGGAAAUAUAAAUUUAGCUCAAACAGCACCAGCAUCAGUCUUUUCAUCAUAUCAUUAUCAACAAGAACAAGAACAGCCACAACAGCCAAUACUUGUUCCACCAACACAAAAUUUUCCUAUGGCACAAAUCGCUCAAUCUUUUAAUAAUCAAACAAGUAAUGGUGUGCUUAAAGAUCGAAAUAAUCAACAACAACAACAACAACAACAAAUUGAUAAACGAAGUCGUUCAUUUAAAGAACCAACUGGUAAUAAAUUAUCAACACUUAAUGAAGGACAAUCAUUACCUGGACAUGAAGGACAAACAAAUGAACAAUUAACACCUACAUCAACACCAACACAGAAAAGAAAAGAAACAAAACGAAAAUCUAAUAUUUUUACAGUAAAUUGUUUUGCUUUUAUUCCAAAAAAUUUACCAAAAUGA